AUAGAGGAAAAAGAUAGAAAGCUGGUCUCAGCCGCCAUGAAAGUACCUGAAGAAGACGACCCAAUUUCCAUUUCGAAGCGUCUUUUGGUUUCGCUUUCGGAUCAAAUUAAGAACAUCGACAGUUUCAAAGGUAAAUGGAGUUUGAUCAAAUCCAAGCUUUCUAGUCUCCAGGAUCAACUCGUUGACCUCUCCGAUUUCCCUUCUUCUUCUUCCACUCCCCUCGCCGUUGACCUGCUUCGUUCGAUAACCCAAACCUUAAACGACGCCAUCUCACUUUCUGAGAAAUGUCAACCCGCCGGUCUGACAGAAGGAAAGCUCAAGACCCAGAGCGACCUCGACGCCGUUUUGGCUAAGUUGAACCGGCACAUCUCCGACUCUGAGAUUUUGAUUCGUAGUGGAGUUCUUCAAGACGGUGCUGUAUCGACUUCUUCCUCGAAGAAAGAAGCGGUGCGAGUUGAGUCGAGGAACUUGAUAACUCGGUUACAAAUCGGAACGGCCGAAUCGAAGAACUCAGCUAUAGACUCGCUCUUGGGUUUACUCCAAGAGGACGAUAAGAACGUGAUGAUUGCCGUGGCGCAGGGAGUGGUUCCCGUUCUCAUGCGGUUACUUGAUUCGAGCUGUUUUGAAACGAAGGAGAAGACCGUGGCCGCCAUUUCGAGGGUAUCGACGGUGGAGUCCAGCAAACACGUUUUGAUCGCCGAAGGGUUGUUGCUUUUGAAUCAUCUCCUCCGAGUCCUCGAAUCCGGCAGCGGUUUCGCGAAGGAGAAAGCCUGCAUCGCUUUACAAGCCUUGACGUUUUCGAAAGAGAACGCUCGAGCGAUCGGUUCCAGAGGUGGGAUUUCGUCUCUUUUAGAGAUUUGUCAAGCCGGAACCCCCGGUUCUCAAGCUUUCGCCGCCGGCGUUUUGAGGAACUUGACUUCUUUCAAUGAAAUUAAAGAGAAUAUUAUCGAAGAAAACGGGGUUUUUGUUUUGAUCGGCCUUGUUUCUUCCGGGACUGCUUUAGCACAAGAGAAUUCCAUUGGCUGUUUAUGUAAUUUGGUUUCCAGUGAUUCGAAUUUGAAGCUAUUGAUCGUAAAGGAAGGUGGGAUUAAAUGUUUGAAGAAUUUUAUGGAUUCAUCUCUGAAUCCGAAAGGCCUUGAAGUUGCUCUUGAAUUCAUUAGGCAUUUAUCAUCCGUUCACCCCAUUGCCGAAUCUCUAGUUGCCGGUGGUUUCAUCGCCCGUCUCGUGGCUGCUUUGAACGGUGGGGCAUCCGGGGUAAGAAUCGCGGCAGCUAAAGCCGCUUUCGAGCUCGGAUUUUCCUCGAAAACGAGGAAAGAAUUGGGUGAAUGUGGAUGUAUUGCGCCAUUGAUUAAAAUGCUAGAUGGGAAAGCUGUUGAAGAAAAAGAAGGUGGUGCGAUGGCAUUGUCGAGGCUCAUGUUAUACGCCGGUAACAAGAAGUUUUUCAGAAAGGACGAUAGAGGGAUAGUAAGCGCUGUGAUGUUAUUGGAUCCUUCGAUUCAAAAUCUUGAUAAAAAGUACCCUGUUUUGCUCUUGUCUGAACUUGUACAUUCCAAGAAACGUAGGAAGCAAAUGGUUGCUGCUGGCGCUCGUGUGUACCUGCAGAAACUUGUUGAGAUGAAUGUUGAAGGGGCUAAGAAGCUAUUGGAGAGUCUCGGGAAGGGUAAGAUUUGGGGCGUUUUCGCCAGGCCAUAGCAAUGACUGGUUAUCUUCAAAACGAGGCCUUAUCGAACUGUUGAAGAAUCUGGCUGCAUUGGUUCAAAGCUUGCCUAAACAGGCAAGCAUUUCAUCUUUCCAGCUCUUCUGAACCAACCCUCUGUUAGUGUCCCGUUCGGAUAUUACUCGAUCGAAAGAUUUCGAUCGAUAUCUCGAUUUUUUUCUUCCUGUAUAUGACCAGAAAGCUAUGGAUCGAAAGAUUUCGACCGGUAUCUCGGAUGUCUGGUGGUUGGUGUAUGUAUACAGGUGUGGGUCUAAAGCAUGUGCAAUUGUUCUUUGUUAAACCUAAAUGAUGCAAUCCUCUGCUGGGUGUUACCUUAACAGGUAAGGACCUACCUUGAAUUGUUUUUC